UUCGCCCUUAAAGUUCCUGACAUGGUUGCAGGCCUGAUGGUCGGUCGUGGUUCUCGGUCACUCCCCACAGAGGAGUGCGCGGAUGUCGCCUUCAUAUUUCACCAGAUCGUCAUUUCGAUAAAUGUCCUGGGUGACGUAACGCCGCUAGCUACCGAGUGGACAGAGUACUCCAGUCGCCGUUGUCUCGAUGAGGGGCGGAGCGACCUUGCUACGAGGUUACAAGUGUCCUUGUUAAACAUGACCCGGGAGAGUUACAAGCAAAGAAAUUGUACAUGUUCCAUACAAGCAAUGGCGGAAGAGAGGCAUUGGAUACAAAGGAACCGGAACCUCACGGUUCCAAAGCGCUCUGACGACAACGACUGCAGUGGACAGGUGCUCAAGAAGUGUGGUCCAAAGCCAGAUCCAUUCAAAAAAAUGAGAAAAUACUUCUGUGCACUUUGUCAAGGAAAAUCUGUGACCGACGUCAAGCCAGAUUACGUUGAACCGGUGACCAGAAUGCGAAGUUGCCGAUACGAACACAAUAACAACCCUUGGUUGAUGAUAGGGCCAAUGAAAGUUGAAGAACUUAACUCCGCCAAACCAAAGGUAACGAUGUACCACGAAGCGAUGUACGAUGCCGAGAUAGCUCAGUUUAUAGACUUGGGCAAACCGGAUCUGAUGAGGAGUUUUCUCUCCGAAGGGAGCAACAUUUACUCCAGCGACAAGAGGACUGGGGACCUUUCUGACCUCACAGACGACAAAGACGCUAUGCCUGUCAUGACUAAAGUUAGGAACAGGCUUCAAUCGAUUUCCGGAUUUGUUCUGAAGUCAAAAUUCUCGGAAAACACGAGAAUAGCAAACUAUCCGGUUGGCGGGUAUUUCGAUCUUCAUUCGGAUUUCUUUCAAAAUGGAAGCAUUGAAGAGAACAAUCGGAUGGCGACGAUGCUUGUGUACUUAAACGAGGUGGUGGGCGGGUAUACCGUAUUCCCUUGGAUCAACCUGAAACUACAUCCGGUUAAGGGGGCGGCAGUGUUCUGGGAUAAUCAAUACCGGAGUGGCCGGAACAUGCGGGCCAGCAUACAUGGUGCUUGUCCCGUCAUACAAGGCGACAAAUGGAUCUAUAUACAGAAUAUCAAGAAAUAUGGGAACGAAUUUACGAAACCGUGCGGGUUAGACGAAAAUGAGUGACGAACACUUGCAUACAUAUAUAGUUUUGUCAUAUAUGUACACCAUGUGUGUUCAUCGAAUGAUUUAAAUUCGUUUGGUAAAUAAGAUAAUAUAUUUAAUUACAUAUAUAAGUAACAUACAACUAAACGGAACAGACA